UUAUUUUCAUGGCACACACUUCAAAAUAUUGUGGUUUUCAUUCAGCUUUCAGUUUUGUGUCCGAGGUCUUUCGUUGUCAACAUCAUCUGACCUCUGGAGGCUCUGGGUUUAUACGUGUUGGUUCCUUUCAAUGGCAAGCAACAAUUUGGAAUGCAACCUAACUACUUUCCAUUCAUCUCUUGGACAAUGAUGCAACUAUAACAUUUUUGAUAAUUGGGAUAACCGGCCAAAUGCACUUUUCAGAAAAAGAUAUCAACAGUCAGGAAAAAGAAGUAGAUAACAAACAACAACAACAAAAUGGCUAUUGAAAUGCAGGAGAAGAAGAGCAACAACUUCUCCAAAGGUGGUCAUGGACAUGACCCAGAGAUGUUUAAUCACCAAGAAUACAGCAAGAAUUUUGAUGAUGAUGGCCGUCAAAAAAGAACUGGAACACUGUUGACGGCAAGUGCUCACAUUAUCACUGCAGUAAUUGGGUCUGGAGUAUUGUCAUUGGCAUGGGCAAUAGCACAAUUGGGAUGGAUUGCUGGUCCAAUUUGUCUCAUUGCAUUUUCUGUCAUCACUUGGUUCACUUCAAUCCUUCUUGCUGAAUGCUAUAGAUCUCCUGAUCCCAUUACUGGUCAAAGAAAUUAUACUUAUAUGGAUGCUGUUAGAGCUAACUUGGGAGGUGUGAAAAUUCAACUCUGUGGUGCAGCACAGUAUGCUAAUCUUGUUGGGGUUACUAUUGGUUACACCAUCACUGCAUCAAUUAGCCUGGCGGCUGUAGCAAAAUCAAAUUGUUAUCACAAAUAUGGUCAUGAACAUGAUUGUACUGUAUCGACCUACUAUUACACGGUCAUCUUUGCAGUCAUUCAGAUACUUCUAUGUCAAAUACCAAAUUUUCACAAACUUUCCUGGUUAUCCAUUGUUGCUGCUGUUAUGUCUUUCGCUUACUCUUCCAUUGGUAUUGGUCUUUCCAUCGCCAAAGUUGCAGAACCUCAUCACCAUGCAAGAACAACCCUCACAGGGGUCCAAGUUGGAGUAGAUGUAACAGGUGAGGAGAAAGUUUGGAGGACUUUCCAAGCCCUUGGCAACAUUGCCUUUGCUUAUGCUUUCUCUAAUAUCCUUGUGGAAAUCCAGGAUACAUUGAAAUCAAGCCCACCGGAGAACAAAGUAAUGAAAAAGGCGUCUACAAUAGGAGUUGCUACUACAACCUUGUUCUAUGUACUUUGCGGUGUGGCUGGUUAUGCAGCUUUUGGGAAUGAUGCACCCGGUAACUUCCUCACAGGCUUUGGUUUUUACGAACCAUUUUGGCUCAUCGACUUUGCCAAUAUCUGCAUUGCUGUCCAUCUUGUUGGUGCCUACCAGGUAUUCGGCCAACCCUUAUUUGCAUUUGUGGAGAAAUUGUGCAGCGACAAAUGGCCAGAAAGUGAAUUCAUAACGACUGACCACAUGAUUAAUCUUUCAUGCUGCGGUCAAUACCCCUUCAACUGGUUUCGGUUAGUAUGGAGGACUUUAUACGUUAUAAUAACAGCUUUGAUAGCGAUGAUAUUCCCAUUCUUCAACGAAUUCGUCGGCUUUAUUGGUUCGUUAUCAUUCUACCCGUUGACUGUUUACUUCCCUGUCGAAAUGUACAUUGCAAGAGCCAAAAUACCAAAAUUCUCAGCAACAUGGAUAUGGCUUAAGGUGUUAAGUUGGGCGUGCCUUGUUGUCUCACUUGUUGCUAUGGCCGGGUCUCUUCAGGGUUUAUUUGAAUCUGUCAAGACCUAUAAACCCUUCAAUAACAAGCAUUAGCUUUUUCAACAUUCAAGCCUUAUAUGUAAGACUUCUUUGCAGUAUGAAAGAUUGUUGGGAAAAGUCCCAAAAUGCAAUAGAAAUAAAGUUUCCAGAAGGAAAAAAAAAAUGUAUAUCGAUAAUGUUGAUGUUGUUGAUGCUAGUACAAUAUAAGAGUGUUGAUUUAGUGGUAUUUCAAGUUAUUUCUUGAUUUUAGUAUGUCUAAGUCUUUUGGUUUGUAAUUGCUAGUACAAGUCUAUAAGAGUGUUGAGUACUUCGGACAUGGAUGUGGAUUUUUAUGCACUCAUCUCCCAAUCAAUUAAGAAUGUAUUGACCGGUUUUUUGUGUGGUCUUCAAAGCAA